AUGGUUUCCGCCGCCAAGCACGUUCCUAUCGUGAAGAAGCGCACAAAAAGAUUUCAUAGGCACCAGUCAGACACUUACAAAUGCCUCGACGCCAGCUGGAGAAAGCCUAAGGGUAUUGACAAUCGUGUCCGAAGACGCUUCAAGGGACAAAUGGUUAUGCCAUCGAUUGGUUUUGGAUCCAACAAGAAGACCCGCCACAUGAUGCCAUCCGGACACAAGGCAUUCCUCGUCAACAACGUCCGUGAUGUCGACCUUCUCCUCAUGCACAACAAGACCUUCGCUGCCGAGAUUUCGCACGCCGUUUCGUCGAGAAAGAGAAUUGAGAUCGUUGCACGCGCGAAGGAACUCGGUGUUAAGGUUACCAACCCCAAGGCCAGAGUCACAGUCGAGGUUUAA